GGAGAAUGGUCCAAAGCGGCACCGUUUGAAAGUCAUACACAGCUGUAACGCGUACAACAUCCCCGAUUGCCUCCCUUGGGGCAAGGAAACCACGCAAAAGGAGUUCUCUCCAUCCGCCAGAAAAGGGGAAAAGAAAGGACUGAACCUAUGGAGACAUUUCCAUGUCCGUCGGACGUCAAAGUGGCGGACUCCGUCACCCUGAAGCUCUCCCCGACGAACUACUUCGCGUGGAAGAACCUGAUGCUCGCGUUCUUCGAUAGCCAUCACCUCUGUGGCUUCGUCGACGGCACCCUUCAUCCGCCGAGCAAGCCGUCUCCGCUUGCGGAGUCAUCGGUUUUGGAAGAGAAGCGCCGGGAGGAGGAGGAGAAGAGGAGGGAGCUGAUGCGUCGGAACGAAUGGGACCAGAAGCAUACGCAGCAGCGUGAGUGGGAGAAUGAGUCGGAGCAGGAGCGUCUGAGGGAGUUGGUGCGGGAGCAGGAGCGUAUGCAGGAGUGGGAGCAGGAGCAGGAGCGUCCGGAAGGGGAGCGGGAGCGGGAGCAGGUGCGUCGAGAGAACUGGAAGCGGGAGUGGGGGGAGGAGUGGAAGAGUCGGGAGGAGCAGGAACGUCAGCAGGAGUGGGAUCGGGAGAGGGAGCGUCGGAAGCAGUGGGAUUGGGAGCGGGAGCGUCGGGAGAAGCGGAAGCAGGAGCGCCGGGAGGAGGAGCGUAUAUACACGGGGUGGAAGAGAUCGGACGGUCUAGUAAGGGGAUGGAUACUAGCGAUGCUGACAGAGGAAAUACUGCUACAAGUGAUGCAUUUGGUAACUGCUCGAGAGGUUUGGAUUAAGCUCAAGAAAAUACUUACCCCACCUUUUCAACUCUCUCAACUUGAACUAAUUGACUGGACAGACCAAAAAAGAGGGCAGAUUCUAAGCCAGUACAUGGUGUUGCACAAAGCCGCCCUAACCGCUGAUUGGGACACCGCGGACAAAUUCUUGGACCUGGAUCCCGACGCUUUUUUUCAGCCCAUCACGUGGUGCUUAGAAACGGCUCUCAUCGUGGCUGUCCGUUCGGCUAAGCGAAACCACUUCGUGAAGAAGGUAAUGGAGAAGAUGCAGCGGGAGGGUGUAGCGCUGAUAGCGCAACAAGACAUAUCGGGGGCCACCGCCCUCCAUGCGGCGGUGGACGGAGGCAACAUAGAGGCGGCGAAGUGGCUGGUGCAGAAGAAUUCGGAAUUGGCCAACAUUGGGGACAAGUAUGGAACACUCGCCGUGCAUGUGGCGGCUGGACUUGGGAAUAGGGAGAUGGUUGAUUUCUUGUUGCAACAUACUACGAACCUGUCCGAGAAUGAAUCGGGUCUUAAACUAUUGCAUUCUUUGGCUUCCAGUGGACUUUAUGACAUUGCUUUAACAUAUCUUCAGCAAAACCGAAAGUUAGCAUCCAUGGAACCCUCCCCAUUGGUGGUAAUCACUCAAAAGCGCACUUCGUUCCUUAGUGGAACCAGCUUGAGCAUCUUGCAGCACUUAAUCUAUUUUGGUAUUCCUUUGAAAUUGGAAGACAUUGCAAACCACCCACAAGAAAGGGACAUUGAGAAUCCUGCCAAGUGCGUAGUUUCUGCUAUGAUUUAUGUGAAGCAAAAGUUGACUGCACUGUUUUGGGAUGUCGCCGAAAAACUUGACCCUUUCAAUUCCAUUAAAUCCCUUCGGGAGACCAAAUUGAUUCACCACCAAGCACUUAAUCUCGUCAAAUGCCUUUGCGAGGAGGUAGUGAAAACCGACUUCCCGAAUGCUGCGAAAAUCUUCACAGAGCCGCUGAGGAACGCGACGUGCCUGGGGAUCCAUGAGAUCGUGGAGGAGAUUUUGGAGUCGUUCCCCAGCGCAAUUCACUUGAGGAGCGAGAGGGAUCAGUCCCUAUUCCACCUCGCGAUCGUGUACCGUCGGGAGAACGUUUUCAACCUCAUCUAUCAAAUGGAGGAGGACCGGCGUGCGCGUGCAUUUUUGUCGAUGCCAGAUGCGUCGACAAACAACGCGCUGCACUCGGCUGGGAACUUGGCACUGCAGCAGCAGCUCUUGCUUCGAGCAAGUGCUCCUGGUGCGGCUCUACAAAUGCAGCGUGAGUUACAGUGGUUUGAGGAAGUAGGAAAUUUCAUAUUGCCCCAAGCCAAAGAACACAUGAACGCAGACGGAAAAACCCCUCAAGAAGUAUUCACAGACACACACAAGGACUUGGUCAAAGAAGGAGAACAGUGGAUGAAAGACACCUCCAAUUCCUGCUCUAUCGUGGCGGCCUUGAUCACGACAAUAGUAUUUGCGGCCGCCAUCACGGUCCCAGGGGGUUCCAAUGGCAACAGUGGUCUCCCACUAAGAUUGGGAAACCGAGCCUUUACCUUGUUCGGCAUAUUUGAUGCACUCGCCAUGUUCUCCUCAUCCUCUUCCUUGUUGAUGUUCUUGUCCAUCCUCACGUCUCGCUAUGGGGAACAAGAUUUUCUGUAUUCCUUACCCAGGAGAUUGAUUAUUGGGCUGGUGACUCUAUUCCUCUCCAUUAUAUCCAUGAUGGUUGCAUUUGGUGCAACAUUAAAAAUCGUAUUUGGGGAAACGAAGGCGUGGAUUGUUAUUCCUGUGGCUGUUUUAUCCUGUGUGCCCGUCACCUUGUUUGUGUUGUUGCAGUUUCCAUUACUCCUUGAUAUGAUCAAAUCCACUUACUAUCCGGGCAUAUUCAAGAAGCAGAGUAAUCGCAUUCUACACUAAAGAGAAGAAAAUAAUGAGGUGAAUUGAUUUGGGCAUUUAUCUUUUAAGCUAUUCACCUGUGCUGUGCUAAUGAUCUGGUUUCUUCAUUUGUUAUCGUACAUAACUACGGUGAUUGAAGCAAUCUAGUUUUUUCUUCAUUUGUUUUUUGAUCGACAAAAAUAAGGCUCUCUUAAUGUGUAAGUACUGAUGAAUGCCAAUAAAAAAGAAUAGCCUUUGAGGGAGAGAGAGGAAAAAAGGAUUUAUCCAACUAGAAAAAAGGAUGUAUGAGGAAUUUUAAAAUCCCAUACCAGUUUGGAGAUCGAAGAAAGGUACGGAAAACAAGGAAAAUACUGACGAUGAAGUUUAUCACCAUUCAAGUGCAGACUCAUUUGACCCUUGCAUUGCUUGACACAGAAGACACCUCCCCAUCGCUCAGCAGUGGGGAGCAAAGAAGUGGAACUUCCUCAGAAGAAUACUCGAAAGGAAGAUGGAGCCUGUCAUCAAGCUUAGAUUAGCUUCUUUUCGCUGUCAACAAAAUAUAUUUGGGUAGUUUUUUCUAGACAUUUCUGCUGCUAGCUGAGCUUGAAGCAUGUGUCGUCUGUCACUGUACAGUAUGAGGAAGAGUUUGCACCCAGUUGUGAGGUGAUUUGUAGAAAUAUAAACAUUGUGUUCA